UGCCGACCUACAUGUAGCUCUUGCACAGAGAGCCCUUGAAAAGCAACGUUUCCAGCCAAGGCAAGUGUCUACUGACAAAAUGUUCUAUAAGAAAAUGUUGGGGAAUAUUUAUUACGGUAUCCCUAAAGUUCAUUGUAUGGAUUUAUUGUGUUGUUUAGCUUUAUUUGCAAAGUGAAUAUGUUUAUGGAGCAUUUUUGGUAAUACGUGUAUGUGAUGAUACAGCAUUGGAUGAUGGAUUACCACACUUUCUUCUUUAAUUUGCUUACAAAUACAGACGAACCACAUCCAAAAGGCUAAAGAGGGGGAGUGUAAUUCAUAAAACCCACCGAGAAGAGGCCCUGAGGAGGUAAAAAGCCAUUUUUAUUUGCCCUCCAUGUUAACCGUGGGCACUUUCCCAUACAUAGCAUCUUUAAUUACACAGAAGUAGAGCAGGAAGGACAGGUUAGCCUGAGGGGGGAGGCUAUGAAAGCAGCGCUGCAGCUCAACAUGUGCACCAGGGAAAUCAGUUCUCUGCCCUGACAGUGGGAGGGAGGAAAGGGUUGUACUUAUAGAUCAAUGAGGAGAAAGAAAAGCCUCCAGGUACUCCGGGCACAUGUUGUACUUGUGCAAAGACACACACUUUACUCUGCCUUUAAAACUAACACGCUCAUAUGCAUUAGGCAUAUGUUAGGACUACUAGCGUUGCACGUGCAACCACGCUCAUGCAGAGAUAGAUAAAUGAUGUCUGAGUGCGCCUCCAUAUGCCAUGACAGCCAAACCAAAGGUCACUGCAACAGAUUUCAGUCUCAAUGACUCAUCCCAGAGGAUACGACAAUAAGUCUCCAAAACCUUGAGUGCCAUAUUACAACUCUAAGCACCAGCAAAAUGCAAAUCAGACGCGGUUUCUUCACCACAACAAUGCAUACACAUUGCUUGUAUGUCCUCAGCCUGGAGCAGAAUCACACAACUGCCUAAAUGGAUGCUAAUGUAUACAGUUCGCAUAGGAUAAGUCUCUCCAAAGCCCAGUGUGUAAAUUGUAAAUGCACAGGUUAGACCUGCCUGCAGGAAAUGAAAAUCUGAUGUUUAUAGGCCUUGAAUACCAAUUUUCUGUAUCUCUGGGGAUAAAUAAAGCUAGCAAGUGCUUCUGAACUGUUGAUAAAAUAAUGAGAGCAUCAAAAGGUCAUUGUACAAUUAUGUGUUCUUUUGCUGCUAGAGAACAUUUAUUGGCAUAUUUAUAGACUAUAUUUAAAGGCCAAAGGCUUGUUUGCCAGAUGUUCUAAUGAACAAUCCCAGCCACUCUACUUUCCUUUCAAUUGAAACUCUCACUCCAAUAAUGCCUGUUAGUCAUCAGAGGAGUUAUUUAGCUUUCAAAGGGGAAAUCAUAGUGCCUGGAACUGUGUGUGCUUUUUCAUUCACCCUAACAAAAUCCGCAUAGCCACAAAUCUCCUCGGAGAUUACACUCGAGGUGAGACGCUCAACUGCUGUUAUGACGAUACAGUUAGGUUGUGUACAUUUAGGCUAAGUUAUUAAAACUUCUAAAAGGAUAACUAACAGGAAACUUUGCAGGACAAUGAGCUUAAAAUUGAAACAACAUAUUUGAUAACCUACCAGCUGAAUUUUUUCUUCAGGGGUCAAUAAAGUUCUUCUCCUUUUCUAAAGUUCAAAUGGAGAUCGUAGUUUUCUGUCCUGUCCAAGCUAACUGCUAGCUUCCUCUCCAGUGUUAAAAGGAUGUUCUGGCAUAAAAUUAAGUUAAGGUCAAACACACUGUAACACCAGGUUAGACACCCUUUCUAGAGAUGAAUGUUGCCAUACGCUUGCUUCUCUAGUUAUACCAACUUUAGUAACGACUGCAUGAUAGCAAUACACAGUGGUCUCAGGAGCCACGCGCUGAACCAAAUCGCCACUCUAUAGCCACAAUAACGCUCAGAACAGCACCUAACUUAAUCAAUAGUACAAAUAGCCUGAUUUCUUUAGCAAAGAGACUUAACACAACUCACCUACCCUCUUCCAACAGCCACUUGUUUAUAGCAAGACCUCGGGCCAGUCCAUUAUGGACUGCUGUGGAGUUUCGCAGCUCAAGGAAGAACAUUAAUGAUUAUUUCUUCAGGGAAAUGCAAUCAGACCGCGAAGCUAAGGCAGAAGAACUACCGCGUCUGCAGUGCAAAAUGAUUAAUAUGGUGAUUAUUACUUCAAGGAAAUGAUAAAAAAAUGAUCAUAAAUGUUCUUCCUUGAGCUGCGUCACCCCACUGUAGUCCGUCAUAGACUGGCCUGAGGUCUCGCUACAAACAAGCGGCUGCUGGAAGAGAGUAGGUGAGUUGUGUUUAGUCGCUUUGCUAAAGAAAUCAGGCAUAACUAAAAAGAUGUUUGGUGGCUAGAGUGGUGUUUUGGUUGAGGUUUGUUAAUGGCUCCUCAGACCGCUGUGUAUUGCGAUCCUGUCAUUACUAAAGUUGGUAUAACUAGAGAAGCAAGCGGUCGGCAACGUUCAUCUCUCAAGGGGGUGUCUAACUCGGUGUUACGGUGUGUUUGACCCUAAAUUAAUUUUUACGCCGGAAUAUCCAUUCAGUGUUGCGCUAACGUUAGUUGCUAUUUAUGUGAAACUAAUAAAGUAUAAUAUGUUGUUUUAAACAUGAGAUAGCUCAGUAUGGUGUCUUCUGUUCAUUGUGUUUUAAGCCGCUGAGAUUUUGAGGUGUUUUCUGCAUGACUGAAGCCACUUCUCUCACUAUUGUUAAACAGAGCUGAGGAAAAAUAUCACAAGGUUCAAAUACAGCAGUAAGAGGUUCUGUCUGCCCCCAAAUCCCUGCCUGAUUAAACCACCGGCAAAACUAUAAGUUUGAAUAUGAUAUGAGGUACUUUUUUAUGACAGGUUGUAAAAGAAGAAGUGGAGCAUCCAGACAUGCCCAGAGGCCUCAGCUGCUUGGCGAGCCCUGAGGGGGCAGACGGCAGGUAUGAGACCCCCUCAGCUUCAGAGCUCCACAGGCUGAUGUGGACAAAGAAAGGGAGCAGCAACCAUCUGGACGAGGUUCAGCCCAGAAUCUAUAUUGGAGACAUGUGAGAAAGAUAUUCUGUUUAAUACUCAUGCUUUAAAGUUUACAGAGUAACACCGUCGACAAUGAACAUCAAUAAUAAUCUAAGCAAACUUUUGACAGUAGCUGCGUUUGCAUGGAUACGAAUAAUCGGAAUAAAUGCCCGAUCGGAAUAAAAAGCGUCAUGUAAACAUGUCGAUCAGAAGAGUCUGAUCCAAUUCGGCUAAAUCAGAAAGAACUGUAUUCCAAUCGAGAGGGGUGGUUUAUGCCGAUCGUUGUUCUGAAGCGCGUCUUAUUCCAAUCAUGACUCUUUUAGCUGACUCAGUCCUCACUCUUUAACCUUUGGGCAAUUCGGGGGGUUUCAUUAUUAACACUCUGGCAUAAAACACAACCGCAUGGGCCGUGUCUGCUCUUCCGGUAACACAACAAGGCGUACAUACGGCGUAAUGAUGUCACAUCUGCACGCACAGUGCAACCUUUGACAGGACAGUAAAAUGAGUACACAAAGGGCGCCAUCUAGUGACAACAUUUAACAGCUGGGAAAACUUGAUGGCGUGAGCCAUGACCGUGUUUGUUGGUCUGUUGACAGCACAGACAUAAAUACAACUCUUCCUCUGCGGGUGUUUUAGCGAAAUCACACAACUCUGCGCAUGUCCAAAUGGUAUUAAUCUGAAUAAAACUUGGUGCAUGUAUACACACGUCAUGAUCGGAUUAUUUGAGUUGCGCCCAUAUAAACGGUGGAUUCAGAUUAUCUGAUCCCUCAAACUUUUGAUCAGAUCGAGAAAUUUUGCCCAUGUAAACGUGGCUAAUGUCUAACAGCAUAUAUUUAACUGCUGGUUUAGUCAUACGUUUGCCCUUGACAGUGGUUGAGACCAAAAACAGAGCUAAAAAAAGAGGAAAAUUGUAUUUUUAAAAAAGUCAACUUAAACACGUGCAAAUUGAAUAAACUCUGACCAAAUAUGCCCUCAAGUUCUCAGUUGAUUUGCUUAUUUUUUACAGCGGUAUGUUUGCAUGUGAACCCAGUGCAAUGAAUCUUACUGACAAACAUUUGAUAAAUUGCUUAUGGGAUAAAAUGCUUCAAACUAGCCAUGAAUGUAGAAACGUUUUAUAUUUUCUUUUUUUUCUUUUAAGUUUGGGGCAUUUUUAGGAGUUAAAGAGAGUGAAUCUAAGUAGAGCAUAACAGCUGAUGUUGUAUUUACCUUGAGAGAGAUAUCCCAGUGAGCUUUUUCUGUUAAGAGAGCUGUGAGAAAUACUUGGUAAAAGUGUUGAAAACUGGUACAAUAGUGAACUUUUUUUAUUACUAUUGGCACCACUGUUAGAUUUUUAUAAAUAUCAUAAAAGUUGUCCCAGUUGAUAGUUUUUUAUUGGUAAAAAGGGCUUUCUAUGUUGUAAAAGACAAGCUACUAUGUCUCACCAGCCAAAAAAGUCCAAUUUCAUAAUCGUAGAUCUGCAACUUGGAAACUCAAAUGUGCCUCCUAUUGUGCAUUAAACAGCUAACUAAUUAUCCACAAAGCAUUAGUAUUUAUUUUCCUGAUCUUUUAUUGAUCAUGAAUAUGACAACACUUGAAUUAUUAAUCAGUCGUCCUGCUCUUCCAGUGGUCAUAUGUAUAAUUAACUACCAUUAACUGUGCUUAUAGAAACAAUAAAAAGUUAUUUCUUCUCUUCAGGUAUGCAGCCAAAGACAAGAGGACACUCCAGGCUCAUCUCAUCACACACGUACUAAACGCCGCUGAUGGGAAAUUUAACGUGAACACGGGCCCCAGCUUCUACCGAGACACUAAAAUCACUUAUCAUGGAGUGGAAGCUUUUGACAUGCCGUCCUUUGACUUGAGUCCCUUCUUUUACCCGGCGGCCAAUUUUAUCAAGAACGCCUUGAGCUUGCCCACAGGUGAGACCCUAUUUACUUGAGGUAUUUUUCCCUCAUUCUCACACAUUAACUCAUUCUCCGCAUGGCAUGGAGGGGAAACAUUUGUCAGUCAAUUCCGAUUACAGCAACCCCAGUUGUAUUAGUCAUUAAAAUGCAAAUCAAACACUAAACAUAAUAUCAGGCUAAUAUCUUCCCCCCACGGUAAUCUCCUCAUAAGCUCAGACCUUGGCCGGGAAAAUUGGUUUUAAAUGGAUUGCCCUGGUAAUUUGUAAGCAACACUUUUAUUGGACAUGGAAAUUACACAAUUAUGUUUGUGGCCUGUGCCUGCCUGGCCUGUUAUGCAAAGUGAAGUCAGUAUCUGACAUGACAGUAAUAAGACGAGGCCUCCUCAUUCACAUGCUGGCUGAUCGGGGGGCUCCAGUGUGUGGCGGGGCCUACAGUAAUCCCCAGCAUGAAAUACACAGACGCCAAGACAGUUCAAUUACGCGCUCCUAUGCGCCCUAAUCCUCAGGCCCCGAUAAGGAAGCGAGGAUUACCGUGUGUAGAAACAUUUGUUGCAACAAUGUUGAAAACUUUUUAGUUAGGAGUUAGAAGUACUCCUCUCUGAUGUGCAUGUUUUUUAAUCCACAAAGAAGCAACAAAUUAGACGUUAGAAUAAAGUUCAACACAAUAAUCCAGUCAUUGCAUGGUUGUUAGUACAGAUGCAGAGUUUUUAGAGGACGCCUGAGCUCUGGGUUUAGCAACAGAAAGUGAUGCUGGGUUUUAUUUCCUCGGCUUAUUGGCAGGUAAAGUGUUUGUCCAUUGUGCGAUGGGUCUCAGCCGCUCAUCGACCUUGGUGCUGGCCUACCUGAUGAUCCACGAGAACAUGACAUUGGUGGAUGCACUCAAAGCUGUCGGCGCCAACAGGAACAUCUCACCAAAUGCCGGUUUCCUGGAGCAGCUCCGAGAGCUGGACAAAAAGCUGCACUACCAGGGAUCGUCUCGGGGCUCUGGUGUCAAUGGACGGACAUGAGAUACAACCCAUAAUUGGUCUCAUGUCAGCAUCUGACU